UUUGUCUGGUUUUUUGUUUUCUGAAGUUUAUUAAAGCUUGGACAGUGAGAAGAAAAGAGAAAAAUGGCAGGGCAAGUGAUCAUUUGUUCCAACCAAAGCCACUGGGAGAACAAUAAGAAUUCCGGAAAGGUGAUGGCCUUCUUCACAGCUCCAUGGAGUGGGCAAGCCCACAAGCUAUCCCCGACCGUUAGGGAUUUGGCAAUGGAGUACCCCAGUAUCAAAGUACUCCAACUGGACAUGCGACACUUCGAGUCUCUUGCUAAUACAAUGAAAGUGGAAGCAGCUCCGGCCUUCUUAUUCCUGAAGGAUGGGAAACAGAUAACUAAGCUUGACUAUGCAAAGCCAGAACAGCUUUAUGAUACGAUGGAACAAUUGCAGGGCUACAUAAAUCUCAUCAUAUCAUCUAUUUGGGGAGGGGGUUUUGUGUUAGUUUCUUACUAAUGUUGUUACUAGGUGUGUUUUCCUUGUGUGAGAGAAAGAAUAAUUAGUUUCAAUA